AUGUACCAACUGGAACGUUUGAUAUUGCUGAUACUAGUUCGAUUCCAUUUAAGACAGCAACAAAAUUCAAAUAUUAGUCAGUUGAGAAACACAGAUAUGAGAAUAUUUUUAAGCAUACCUAUUAAUGAUAUCAACAUUGAAGAUUGUACGAAGAAUGUAUUAAAUGUUAUUGAUUUCACUGGUCUAUGUACAACUGAAAAUGUUACAUCAAACAUCAUUGAUUUUUUUAAUUCAAAGAAGCAUAAAAAUUCUUUACGUUUUACGCCGACAUUAUUUGAACAUGGUCGGUUAUUAUUGUAUCAUAGAACAAAUAGAGAAUUGGAUCGAUCACCAAAUUUGAUUGAAGCACGAAAAGAUUUAUCAAAAUUGCAUGAAAGUCAUAAACAAGAAGUAACUGAAUUAAGAAAACAUUUUGAGGAAAAAUUAGCUGAUUGUGACACAAGAGCUACAGCAUACGUUGCAUCCAAGAUGUCACCGAAACAUAUUUAG